AUGGCACCGAAGUUUUCGUUUAAGGACAUCCCCAGCCUGGCCAACAAAGUUGCGAUCGUGACGGGGGCCAGUGCUGGUAUUGGCCUCAUCACAGCGCGUGAGCUGGCCAAGAAGCAGUGUCACGUGAUUUUGGCGUGUCGCUCCAAGGCAAAGACCGAACCGGUAGUUCAGUCCAUCGCGGCAAUCGCUCCGGACGCCAAGGUCGAGUUCAUGGAGCUUGAUCUUAUGAGUUUGAAAUCUGUCCAUGCGUUCUCGGAAGCGUUCAAGACGCGCAAUCUGCCGUUGCACAUCCUGAUCAACAACGCGGGUAUCAUGGCGCCGCCGUUCGCGCUGUCGGCUGAUGGAUUCGAGUCCCAGUUCGCCACCAAUCACAUAGGCCACAUGGCGCUCACGCUUCGGUUGCUUCCCGUCUUGGAGCGCUCCGCCCCUUCCCGCAUCGUCGUCGUAAGCUCCGCUGCUCACAACUAUGUAUCUUCUCAAGGCAUCAACCUCGACACGCUUAACGAUGCCAGGGCAUACUCGGCUUGGACGUGGUACGGCCAGUCGAAGCUCGCAAAUAUCUUGUUUGCACGGGAACUUGACCGUCGGUUGGCGGCGCGGGGCAUAAGCAAUGUGUUUGUGAACACGCUGCACCCUGGCGUCAUCGUGUCGGAGCUGAUGCGGCACACCAACUGCUUCGUGCGGCUCAUCAUGCGGCCGUUUCAAAUGUCGACCGAAGAUGGAGCUAAGACGCAGCUCUAUGCCGCCACGCACCCCGACAUUGAACAGCAGAACCUGCACGGCAAGUUCUUCGUUCCGAUUGCACGAGUCGGCGAGUCGAACGCACUCGGGCAAGACGAAGCGCUGGCGAAGCGCCUGUGGGAGUUUACGGAAGCGGCGAUCGCCAAGUGUAUUGGGCCUCCUCCACCUUAA